CAGUGACAGGCUCUCACACACCCUCCGGUCCUCCUUACCAAGUCUGUUUAACAGGCAUCAUGAAUGUGAACAAUGGACCUACCUAUACAGUGACUAAUGUGCCUGCAACGUCACUUGCAGUCUAUGACAUUGCAGCCUCGUCAGCCCCUCCUCAGCCUAUCGUCUAUCCUGUUCACCAACCUGGUUACCAGUACGCCCAACAACAACCUCAGAAUGUACAGCCUGAUCACCAAUAUGCAUACGCCCUACAACAACCUCAGAAUGUACAGCCUGUUCACCCACCUGAUCACCAUCUCUCCCCACAACAGCCUCAGAUUGUGCAACCUGUGAUGUUUAUGGUGCAGCAACUGCCAAAGGAGGCUCCAGGACAGAUGGUAUGUCCUGGCUGCCGCCACACUGUUCUCAGUAUAAUCAAGUACAAAAGAGGUGUGCUCAGCUGGACGCUCUGUGGUGUACUUUUUGCCUUUUUGUGCUGGCCUUGUUUCUGGAUCCCCUUGGUUGCGGAUGCUUGUAAGGAUGUGGAGCAUUCCUGCCCCAUAUGUAAAACUAUCCUGCAUGUCUAUAAACGCAGAUGAAACAGAAGUGUCGUCUCAACACCAAAAGAUGUAAAAAUGAGCUAUGAUGAAACUGAUGUCUGUACAGGGGCCAAACCAGUCUAUACAAAUGUCACUGAGCUCACUCAUGAAAGUUGGUGGUUUCUUUUUUUAAGU